AUGUCGUCCACCAGCAACGCCUCCAUUGACAAGUUCAACGGAGACAAUUACGCAACGUGGAGCCGGUACAUGCGCGGUGUGUUUUUGACGAAGUCCGUCUGGCACGUCGUCAACCGUGAAGUGACUCCGACUUUCACCGACCCGCGAGCGUCCGAUGACUACGUCAAGGCAAGCAACGUCGCGUUUGCCUGGGUUGCGUGGACAAGUCUGAAGACGCUGUACGGUGGGUCGCAGAAGGCAGGACGCAUCUACCUCAAGCGACAACUUUUCAGUAUCAAGAUGGCUGAAGGCGCGAACGUCAUGCAUCACUGCAACGAGGUCCUCAACAUCUCCGCCAAGCUCAGCGGCAUCGGUGCGAAGAUGGAAGACGAAGGCGUUGCAAUUUGUCUGCUACUCAGUCUUCCGAAGAGCUACGAAAAUGUGGUGCUCAACAUGGAAAUGAGCAGCACCGAGCUUCGCACUCAAGAUGUGGUGAGAGUCCUGACGAAUGAGCAUGCCAAGCGUCAAGGAGAAAAAGGGACAACGACAGCGACUACGGUGAAGGCUGAAGAUGCAAGCAGGGCAUUCAGCGCCGAGCGUGAGCCCUACCAAUGCACGUAUUGUGGCAAGGUGGGACACACGGUGGAUCGUUGCUGGACAAAGCAGAAGAACGAAGGUCGGGGAGCCCGACGCGGCGGCAAUGGUCGUGGACGCGGGGCUAACAAUGUCCAGUGGGGACAUCAUGAUGAAGGUAAUGGCUACGAUCGAGUGGCGCUUGCAGUCUCGUUCGAAUGUGGAGUUUCGACGAGCAUGGACGUGUCUGGAAUGUGGGCCGUCGACAGUGGUGCAACGCACCACAUUUGCCACGACAAGACCAAGUUCGCAAGUUUGGCAGAGCGCAAUGAGGGCGAACUCUUGGUGGCUGAUGGCAACAAGGUGGCCAUCAAGGGUGUGGGAACCAUAAUGGAAAAGGUGGUUCUGCCCAACGGUGAAGAGCGUGAGAUCGAAAUCAAAGAACGCGCUAUAUGUUCCAAGUAUGAGCAAGAACCUGCUCUCGGUACCACAGAUUAA